GUGGUCAGGCUUCGUCAGAGUUGAAAUUCGAUCUGCUAGCUGUGGCUAAUAGGAUCCAAGCUUGGUUGUGAGCUGCAAGCCCCCGUCACCCGCGAUCGCCGCUCCCCGCCUAUGCGCGCAGCCUGUGUUCUUAUUAACUCCCAGACUCCACAUAUUCCCCCACGAUAAAUAUCCUUUCGCUCGCGGUCCUUUGCCUGCCAUAUGGCGCGUGCUGGGUAAUAAGCAACAUUAAAUUUCGCACAUCGCAGAAGCACUCUCAAUCUCCCACACACAUUUCGAAGCGUAAAUACACACAGUAGGCCAUAGUUCAAAUGAUAAAGUUGUACAAAUAAUAUUAUCCGGAAGCACACACUUACCAACUGCUAUAUUUUGUAUAGAAGAUAAUUUGAAGAACAAAAAAUGUAUUUGUUUCCCUUUAUACUGAGGCAUAUGGAACUGCACAGUCAGUGCCAAGAGCCUGUAUUUUGUGUUGUGUUUCAACAAUCAGCUGGUUAUCGAAUAUACGACUGACGUAAAACAAUACAAUCCAAAUCUGCUUUGAACACACCGGAUUGUCUCUUCUUGAAUGCAGCCCCUGACGACAGUAAACGCCUAGUUGUUUUUACCGUUUGCAUACCUCGGAUCACAUGCUGUAUUAUUUUUAUUCGCAUAAUAUUGCUCGGCGGCGCGUGCCCGCUGUACAGUAAUAAAUGCAGAGCCGCCUCACUCUAAUCAAGCUGAUUAAAAAUUCCUGCGCGCACAGCCGGAAAUCGCAGCAUCUCCUGCUUUCUUUCCAGUUUUUUACUUUUUAUUUCUCGGGCUUUUGCGCUUUUUUUUGCUAGGAGAUCGGCCGUCAUGGGAGGCUGUGCUGGCUGAUUGGAAAUGCGCUGCAAAAAUCCGCUGGCCGGGGUGUUACUUUCUGUCGAAAUGAGGAGAAAGAGCAGAGCCCAGUCAGUGCGAACAGCGGAGAGGGGAGUGAUGAGUCAAUGCAACUAAUAAUUUAAUGGGGACGCGGCGAGGGGGACGGGAGGACGACAGAGGAGCGCCGUCCGGGCAAAAACACAAUCGCCAGAAAACAUUCCCAACGCAGGGAGCUGCCAGGCAUUUACAGCGCGUCAAUGCUGCUUCCAAAACGGCAAACUAAAACGGACUUCCCCCUCCCCUUCUCAUCUGUUCUGUAAUAAUCAUACAUCGUCUUGAUAAAAAGGCAGACGCUUCGUUUUUUUUUCCUUCUCAAUCCUGGACAGUAGAGAAGCUGAAGUACCGAACCGCUGGAGAUCUUUCUAAGCUACACAACCAUGCAAGUGACUGCGGAAGAUGGUUACCGCUUGAUAAAUGAUGAGCUUUUCAGUGUUUUUGUUGACUUCCAUUUCUUAGGGUUUGUUUCUUUUGUAUGAGGCUUGGUUUUUUUUCGUUUUGUUUUCGGGAGUGGAUUUGCAGGCUGUGAACUGCAUAGAAGUCGCCGCACUUACGUCCGACACAUAGCUCCUUAGGUGUGUGAACGUUUGCAUGUCUGAGAUGCGCAUAGUUCCCAUACACGCACCUUUCAGACGUGACCCGUCGUGGUUACUUCGUAACAUGGCGAGCUUUAUGUUUGCAGCCCGUUGGCACAGAGGCCAAUUAGCGGUUUCGUUAUAAUAUGCAUUAUGCGUCUGCAUCUGUCGCUCAUCCAUGUUGCCAUUUCUCAGCAAAGCCGAAGUUCUCACUUAUGCUCGAUCGCUCCGUGGUUUAGGGGAAUCGCCUUUUCGGUCUUCAAAUAAAGAAUAUUCAUUUCCCGAGAAGACUUGACAUCUGUUGUCAUACCGACCUAGAAAGAAAACGCUGAAGUUUUUUUUUCUUCUUCUUUCAAACGAACUUGAAGAAGGCGCUUCUCGCUCGGGCGGCUGUAUAUGCUUUCGAGUUCAGAAGUACUCGAUUUCAGUGUGGUAUCUUUUGGUAGUUAAACGAGUAAAAUAUGCUACGAAGGAUCUGCAAGUCCAACUCUGCCAGGUGAAGGUGACUGUGAGCAGUGGUGCUGAGAAUGAUGGAUCAUCUCAGUGAGACCUGCCUGGGUAAGGAGAACUGCGAGCUGCCCAACAACAUGGGGGAGGCCAAGGGCCCCCCGGCCAAGAUGGUGCGACUGGAGCAGAACGGGAGUCCCCUUGGCAAGGCUCGCCUUGGGAACGCCGGGCCCAAGAUCUCCGGCGUUCCCUUGAAACCGUCCGGACACCUGCUGAAGACCUGCCACAAGAAAGGCAACAUGCUGCCCGUCUUCUGCGUGGUGGAGCACUACGAGAGCCCCAUGGAGUUCGACAGCAAGGAGGAGCACGCGGAGUUCGUGCUGGUGAGGAAGGACAUGCUCUUCAACCAGCUCAUCGAGAUGGCUCUGCUCUCCCUGGGCUACUCGCACAGCUCCGCCGCGCAGGCUAAAGGUCUGAUCCAGGUGGGCAGGUGGAACCCCAUACCCCUGUCGUACGUGACGGACGCCCCUGACGCCACGGUGGCCGACAUGCUGCAGGACGUCUACCACGUGGUCACGCUGAAAAUCCAGCUGCAUAGUCAAGCGAAAGUGUGGGCGCGAAUUUCCGGCGGUAUUCCCGACGUUCCGGGAGCGGCACCUAGUUGCCCUAAACUGGAAGACUUGCCUCCAGAGCAGUGGACCCACUCUACAGUAAGAAACGCCCUCAAGGAGUUACUGAAAGACAUGAACCAGAGCUCUUUGGCAAAAGAAUGCCCCUUGUCACAGAGUAUGAUCUCCUCCAUUGUGAACAGCACUUACUAUGCAAAUGUCUCUGCGGCGAAGUGUCAGGAAUUUGGUCGCUGGUAUAAACAUUUCAAGAAGACAAAGGAUAUGAUGGUAAUGCGCCAGCCCCCCCAGCUGGAGGGGUACCUAGGGACGUGUGUCCUCCACGACAGCCCACGUGCCGCUGCAGUAGAGAUGGACAGUUUAUCGGACCUUUCGCCACCUGGAACAAACCACAUGAGCUUCAGCCAGCAGCCGGUCCCGGGCAGCACGGCAGAACAGCCCGCAUCGCCCGUCCCCCUGUCCCACGGCGGUCAGACCUCGGGCCGGGCCCAGCUGCCUGGUCUGCACCCCAGCCUGGUGUCCACUCCAAUCAGCCCUCAACUCGUCAACCAGCAGAUUGUCAUGGCGCAGUUUCUCAACCAGCAGUACGCCGUCAACCGGCUCCUGGCCCAGCAGUCGCUCAGCCAGCAGUACCUGAACCACCCGCCAGUCAACCGAGCCCUCAACAAGCCCCUGGAACCCCAGGUGACCUCCAACACAGAGGUCUCCUCAGAAAUCUACCAGUGGGUCCGCGACGAGCUGAAGAGGGCCGGUAUUUCCCAGGCAGUCUUUGCACGCGUGGCCUUCAACAGGACACAGGGCCUGCUGUCUGAGAUCCUGCGGAAAGAGGAGGACCCGAAAACGGCCUCCCAGUCGCUGCUGGUGAACCUGCGCGCCAUGCAGAACUUCCUGCAGCUACCAGAGGCCGAGCGGGACCGCAUCUACCAGGAGGAGCGGGAGAGGAGCCUGACCGCCGCCUCCGCCAUGGGUCCCGCGCCACUGAUCAGCACGACCCCGACCCGACCGGUACAGCCCAGGAGAGAGGAAUGCAACAAUACCAGGCCUGAGGACUGGAAUCCCAGGAUUCCUGUGGGCAUUUCACCCGUGAAACCCUCACCCCUCCCCACGGAGUGGAACGGGAAGUCCGACAGCAGCAUCCUGAACAUAAAUGCCACCAUCUACGACGAGAUUCAGCAGGAGAUGAAGCGCGCCAAAGUGUCCCAGGCCUUGUUCGCUAAGGUGGCUGCUUCUAAGAGCCAGGGCUGGCUGUGUGAGCUGCUGCGGUGGAAGGAAGACCCGUCCCCAGAGAACCGGACCCUGUGGGAGAACCUGUCGAUGAUCCGCCGCUUCCUGAGCUUGCCACAGGCGGAGCGCGACGCCAUCUACGAGCAGGAGAGCAACGUGGGCCAGCAGCAUCACGUCGACCGGCCUUCCCACAUAUUACACGUACCUUCAGAACCCCUGCAGUCUCAGCCCCAUCCACAGCCUCAGCACCAGACCCACUUGUCACAGCACAGCCCCCCCCAGCCCCCGCUGUCCCAGCAGCCCUUGCAGCAGCCGACGGGGCCUCGUCUGCCGCCACGGCAGCCGUCCACUGCCUUACCGGCCGAAUCGGAGGAUGACGCCCGCAGCAAAGCCCAGCCCGCGGGCAAGAUCUCGUUGGAAGCCUUGGGCAUUCUGCAGAGCUUCAUCCAGGACGUGGGCCUGUACCCAGACGACGAGGCCAUCCACACGCUCUCUGCCCAGCUGGAUCUGCCCAAGCACACCAUCAUUAAGUUCUUCCAGAACCAGCGCUUUUACAUCAACCAUCAAGGUAAGCUGAAGGAUCAAGCCGGCUUUGAGGAGGACCUGGCAGACUUCAGGGAGGGCGAGUUGCUGAAGGACCUGAACGAGAACGCGCAGACCAACAGCACGGUUUUCUCAAUCAAGAUCGAGGAGCACCUGUCGGCCGACAUUCACUCGGAGUCCGACCAUGACUCCAAAGAGUAGCCCUCCCUGCGUUUGCUACUGUAAUACUAUUUAAAUAGACUUUAAAAUGAUAGUAUUACUCCUGAUUUCCUUUUCAAUUUGUAAACCAUGUAUUAUUAACUGUAAAAAGGAAAUGGAUGCAUCAUUUAUGAACUUGCACAAAAAAAAAAUAUGGAUGUUACCGUGGAUAUUUGCAGAUUGCACUUGACGUGCAUCGUUUUUACACUGAUUUUGAGCUACUGAUAAAAGUCGAUAGAGUUUGAUAGAUUUUGAUAGAUGUUUAUGUUAUGUGGUGUUCACUGGAAUUCACAAGCGUACAGUGCGGCUGAAGACAAGGCCUUAACGUGGAGGCUUGGGUGCCUGCUGCAGUGACAUUAUUCUCUCUAGGUAAAAAGAAAAAAAUAAUAAUAAUAAUAAAAGCUGAAACUUGAUUAUAGGUCAGACAAACUGUUAAUGGUCCGAAAAGCGAAGAGUCUUGGAAGUGUAGCUAGCUCGAUUCUUCAACAUUCGUUAAUGAGAAGUAUGUGUCCGUGUGUGUGUUUUGUGUAUGCACAAACACACAAACACAAUUAUAUAUAUAAUAUAUAUAUAUAACAUUAAAAUAUACUUUACCAAUAGACAUAUUAAUUGUAAAAAGAUAGUUUUAAAAAACUAUGCCAACAAAUGCCUUGUAUUAUAUGGCACUGCCGAUGUUCAAUUAUUUUGCAAAAAGUUUGUCACUGUAACUUACUGAAUCUCCACACGAUUUAAAAUGUGAAACAACCUCUGUUUUGUCGUCCUAUUUAUUUUGCAGAUUCUGAUGUAAUUACUUUUUUUGGAAGGUUCUGUUACGUAAAGCUUUUCAUUUUCCAUUUUAUCCUUUUUCUAUUUAUAAUUGUAAUUUUGAUGGGCAGUUUAUCUGAAGUGUCUUAAACGUUUUAAAUGGAAAAUGUGCUUUAACGGUUGCCUAUUAAAAAGUGCUGUAUGUCAAGCAACACAUGCUACAAGCUUCACAAUGGUUGUAUGCAAUUUUUACUAUCAUGCAAAUAAGCUUAGGUAAAUACUAACCUAUAGAACACCUUAGAGAAAGAAAAAAAACAUAUGCAAUUUAUGUGAAAAUCAAUGUCUGCAAUGUGUCUUCCUUUGGUUAACGAUCCGAUUUGAAGCUAUUCCUGUAUAAAUAUUCUGUAUAAAAAAAGACGUGUUUCUUUUUUAUGAGUUUAUUGCAAUGAGAACACCGGUUAUUUUGUUACAACUAACUGUUUUAUAAGUGUUCCUCUGUUCUCUUAAUCCAGAAAUGUUCUAACUAGGAGUGGUUGAUUGUUAAUGACACAAUUAAACUGUUUGUAUUGUA